AAAAACAAAAAAAACCUUUGAUUUCACCCUUUUAUUUGGUGGCCAUUGAGCGUACCACAUUCUCGGGCCAUGAAAAACAAUGAAGCUUAACUUGGGUCAUUAACCAGUUCAUCCCUCUUGGUCUUUGUAGCUUUCGGUCAGUUUCACUCACUAUAUUAAUUCUUCAUUUCAUCAGCUUUGCCUUGCUUCAUUCUAUCUUUUCGGUUCAGAUUCGGGAUUUCCAAGUCCAAGCUGAAACAAUGGAGGAGAAGAAGGUUUCUAAAUCUUAUCUCUUUUAUCUGUUUCUAACACUACUUAUCAGCAAGCACCCAAUUUCUUCAUUAUUGCUUUUUUUUUUUAUCCCUUGUCUGUUUCCCCGUAACACAUUUCUGUGGCUAUUACUUUUUGUAAAAAGUUUAUUCUUUUUUUUGGGUUCUGUGGCCGUUUGCUCUUGAAUGGCUUCUCUGCCAAUUCUUCCCAUGUCAGAACCUGAAUCUUGUACUUGCAUUCCACUUGUCUGACAGUAGCAAAAAAUCUAUGUUUCCUAAUGGUGACAACAAUGGAGCUGAAGGUAGACCUUCAGUGCCGUCGCUGCUACAACAAGGUCAAGAAACUACUCUCUAAGUUCCCUCAAAUACGAGACCAGAGAUUCGACGAGAAGGCCAACACGGUGACUAUCACCGUCGUAUGUUGCUGUCCGGAGAAGUUCAGGGACAAGUUAUGCCGCAAGGGUGGCGGUUCCAUCAAGGGCAUUAAGAUCAUCAAACCAUCGCCACCCCCACCCAGGCCUUCACCGCCAUCGCCACCGAAACCGCGACCACCACCGCCACCACAACCACAACCACAACCACAACCUCAACCUCAACCGCCACCACAACCUCAACCACAACCUGAACCGCGUCCACCACAACCCCCACCACAACCUCCACUGCUACCAUUUUGUUGCAUGCGAUGCAAUCGUGUCUGUGUUUGGGGACCUUGCUGCUGUGAUGGACCACCCCCACCACAACCUCCACUGCUACCAUUUUGUUGCAUGCGAUGUCAUCGUUUGUGUGUUUGGGGACCUUGCUGCUGUGAUGGACCAACCCGACCACCUCCAUGCCGAUGUUGCUGGAGUUUUGGUAGGCCAGUUUGUGAUAGCUGGAGCUGUAAUGUGAGCCGCGGUGAUUGUUCUAGCGAUGCUUGCUUAAUUAUGUAAAACAUGUACGCCAGUUUCAUGACUGUUUUUAUUCUAAUGUAUUGUUAACUUGUAUUAUAUAUGUGAUAUAGUUGUCAAUAUAUAUAUGCGUAGAGCAAAAUGUAAAGUUCUAAUUACAAUUAUAAAAGCAUCUUAAAUUUAA